AUGACCCAGGGCCCGGCCUCGCCGUACGUCGUCGCCCGCUACGGCGGCAAGAAGCGCAAGACGCCUGUGGCGGCCGACGACGCCCAGCCGUACUGGGACACCGUGCUGACGUUCAACCUCGCCAAGACAGAGGACCAGCUGCUCGAGCUCGAGGUCCGCGACAAACGCACCCUCCGCGACAAGUCGGUCGGCUACUACGCCCUUGAUCUCCGCCGCGUCCUCUCGCCCGCAGGCGCCGAGGAGUGGUUCACCCUCGGCCCGCGCCCGGGCAAGCCGGCCGAGUCUGCCCGCGGCGCCCUCUACCUCGCCAUCUCCUUCUCCAAGUUUGUCGUCCGUGUUGAUCGCGCCUUUGACCUCCCGCCCCCCAACCGCACCGGCAAUGCCUACGCCACACUCUCGCCGCUCGAUGCUGCCGUGGGCGCCGCAAGCUUCCGCGCCGGCCCUGGGUCGAGCGACCCGCAACGCAGUCCGGACACAGGUGCCGAGCCGGGGGCCGCCGGUGCCAUCGGUCGCGACACCUACGUCUACCUCCGCUACGGCUCGACCAAGGUCAAGGGCGCUGUUGUGCCCGCCUCGCUCUCGCCCGUCUACGGCGAGACCUUCCACUUUCCCUACGUCCCCGGUGCACCUUUGAUCGACAUCGAGCUUUGGUCGCGCGGCACACUCUCCGACUCCUCGCUUGGCAAGGUUGUUCUCUUCCUCUCUGACUUUGCUGAUGGUGAGGUCGACGACUCGUGGUACCGACUCGUCCCGUGCGACGCGAGCAAGGCGGUGUCGGGCUCGCUCCGCCUCCAGGUCCAGGCCUUUACGCUCCCGGACGAGCUUGCGCCAUCCUGGAUGCCGGUCUCGGGCGCCGCUCCUGAUGACGCCAGCCUCUUUGGCAUCGCCUCGCACUCACCACCGCCGUCACCGGGCUCGGGCACUGUGCCGUCUGCCGAGCCAGCAGCUGCCGAUUUCACCACAUCCCAUCCUGCCGAGUGGUGUGCAGCCCAGCUCCGGAGCUGGCUGGCAAGCCUCGGCCUCGAACACGCGCACGCGCACGUUGUCGCCAGCGGGGUGUCUCCCGCACAGCUCGCCGAUGCAUCGACCAUCGACCUCGCUGCCCAGCUCGACGUCCGCAUGCCCACCGCCAAGCGCGCCUUUCGCUCGCUCCAGGAGCUCAAGGUUGCCUUUGUCAAGUCUGCCCCACCAGAGCUCCUUGCCACUGCGCCGUCCCAUCUAAUUCUUGCCCCGUCGACGUCGCGCCCAUCGUCGCUGGCAUUGCCGGACGACUUGGACGUUAUGACUCUCCCUUUUGCCGCCGCCGAGCCCAGCGAUGUGGCCGCUAAUGGCAGCGAUGGGGAGGACGACGUGUGCUCGUCUUCAUCGUCUUCGUUCUGGACCACCUCGUCUGAUGAUGACGACGAUGGAGACGGCGAUGGCGAUGGCAGCUCUGCUGCCGCUAGCUCGGCACCGCCGACGACUCCCUCCACCACCUCACCUCUCCCCGACGCCAUCCCGGCUGCGACCACCAGCAGCGGCGCCGUCGCGCUUCGCAUCAUUUCUGGUCGUGAGUACGUCCAUGCUUCCGGCAUCGAGCUGGACAAGGCCAGCACGUACGUUGUUGCUACAUGCGGCUCGGCCAAGGUCCGCUCCGUGACCGUCGCUGAAGAGUUUCUGCCCGUCUACAACACGCCGGCCUGGUUCCGCCUCGCGGACGCUGCACCUGCCCCGACGGCCGCGUCGCCUAUCGGCUCGGCCUUUGUUGCUGUGGAUGAUCUGCCGACCAACGGCAGCGCCUAUGACGGGUGGCUCGAGGUGUGUGCGCCGUCCGACGGCGAUGCGGCGGGGCCGGUUAUCGGCGGCCUCCGGAUCCAUGCUGUGGUCUCGCGGCUGCGCCUCGCGCUGCUCGCUGCGCGCGGCCUCGGCACCACCGUCGGCGCUGCAGGAGGCCGCGAGCGUGAGCUACGGGUCUUUGCCACCCUCCGCUACGGCUCGCAGCAUGCCGAGACGCCAACAGUCGACGCCGUGCGCGGUGGCCAGGUAGACUGGAACGCACCAGCCGUCGAGCUCUGCCCCGAGCCCGGCGCUACCUUUGUCACCGUCAGUGUCUGGGCCCGCGGCUCGCUCUCCAACACCCACCUUGGUUCGAUUCGGCUCCCGUUGGAGCGCUUUGACGACGCCGUCCGGCACAUUGGCUGGGCCUCGCUCUCCCGCCGCAAGCCGUCCGAGCCCGAGCUCGACCCACACUUUGCCCAGAUCAAGAUCGCCGUCGCGGCCGCCGCCCUCCCCGCCUUCGUGCUCCACUGCCGGACGCCGGUGACUCACCACGACGACGGCGAGAUCCUUGGCCAGGUCGGCGACAGCAGCUGUGGUACCGGCUCCGGCAACGACACCGACAUCGACGUGGCUGCAGCCACCGCCGCCGCACGCCUUGGCCUUGCUUCGCCCAGUGGGCCUGCGCCCGACAAGCCACUGCCGUCGCUCCCACCGCGGCUGGAGAAAGCCAACUCGACGCCGGCCAUGCCGCGGCCGGCCGACGGCGAUUCGCCAUCCGGGCACCGCCACCGCCACCGCCGCCGCCGCCGCGUUGGCUCGGGCUCAGCUGCGCGCGAUCACUCGUCUCGCUCGCCGUCGUCGUCCUCGCGGCCGCGUGCACGCACCGGCUCCAAGACUGCGGCUUCUCGGGCCCGCCACGGCUCACGCGGGACUAAGGAUGCGCUCAACCAAUCGCGCUCGUUCUGGGACUGGUAGUCUGGGACAUGUGUUAUUUGCUCUGAUCCUCACACCACCGACCAGCAACAGCCGAGAACUGUCGGCAAUUGCACGAGGUGACGUGCUAGGAACCAGUCCAUGUACCUGAGCAGGGACCGCACCUCGGAACUCGAGCAGGCAUGUGGCGGCGGCUAGGCGGAGCAGAUCAUGCGGGCCAGCUCCUCGUAGUUGACCCAUCCGUUGGGGUCGGGCUGCGCGUCUUCGACCAUCGACUGCAUCUCCUCGCGGUUAAACUUGUCGCCGUAGCGCGUCAUGGCCUCUGUCAAGGUCUUGACCUGGAUAAAGCCGGUGCCGUC